GAACCGCCCUAGACAUGUGGAACAAGAGAAAAAUUUGAGUUUAUUUGCAAGGAGGAGCGCGGGACAGGAGGCCUGCAGAACUGCUCAUUCCUGAUUCAUCUUGACUGGAUAAGCGAGUUAACGAAGCAUUCGUAUUUCCUCAUUUUCGUACCGAAAGGAAUUCUCCCCCCCAAGCGCGCAAGCUUUGAUCAUUGUGUUGCACCAGAAUUUUGAAACAACAAAAAUGAGCACCGCAGACUCAAUGGCCUACGAAGUGCUAGUGGCGAGUGCGCCAUUGCUCCUGUACUUCGGACCGGCCCAACUUUUUUGUCAACUUCGGAAACAAGAAGAGAAAAACAAAAGGCAGCGAGAGCAGGAAGCGAACAAAGGCGCAGAAACAACAGGAGUUUCGGGAAAAAAAUGCAGCGGCUUCUUAGGAGAUGGAACGGAAUUGACUGGUCAUUUUUCUGACGACGCGGAAGUAGGACAGAUGGGCGGUCGAUAUAAUUCUACUGUGGCUCCCGCACCGGGCACUGAAAAGAACGAUGUCGACAGCCUCAGCUCGCGUACAACCCCGCACGAAAGUAAAAAGUGCCAGAUCAGAGCCGAUUUUCUCAGAAAAUUGGAUGAAGAGGCAGAGCCGAACUUGAGUGAAGAUGCACUUCUGCAGAUGAAAAACCACCGCUCGGAAAAUGAUUUCACGGCGUCAACAACGGAUACGUUGGUCGUUGGACGACCCGGACUGGCGGAGGUUUUUCCGCUCUCACCCACACCAUCAUCAGGCGAGCUGGUGAUUGCAGAGAACCUCCUUCAUCACGCGGACCAGGCGGAGGACGAGGAGGUGGCACGCCUCCAAGUGGUCACCGUGCUACCUGGAGUUGAUCCGGAGAAAGAGAAUAUCAAUUUUCCGGAGAUGGUGGACGAGGUCGAUGUUUGUAGUGCACAAAGCGUGUCGGCUCCUUGUACACCUACAGUUGAGCGUCUACCUCGAGAAGCUAGUUGCAGUACUCGCUACGGAGAGGAACAACAAAUCUCGACUGCAGACUCGGAGGAAAUUAUAACGCGGGCGGACCACAGUUGUGCUGAGGAAAAGCAAAAGUUGGAGACGCCGCCGUUGCAGUUUGUUGCGCAGUGUGCGAACGGCUGGACUUGGUUGUGCUUCUCAAUCCUGGAGGGUAUGCGUGAAUUGACGGCGCCUUGCGUGGUCCAGGUACUGACCGGAUUUCUGUGGUUGUUUCUCUACUGUCAGUGCUACCGCGCCGAUCUGUAUCGCCGACAGUUGCGCUUUUUACUGGUUUCGCUGGGCUGCUACUUGACGCUGCUGGGGGUUUUCUUUGGUUUCGCACUGGCAGAGUCCCACGGCUACGUACGCGGCACCUUGCUGGAGGCAAAAGAGCCCGAACGGGUGGCGCAUGAACGGACGGAGUUUUCGCGUGCCGUGCAAGCGACCAUCGGUUUCUUUGGCACGGUGACAUUUGCGACCUUGAUGGGGUCGCCGGCGGUCUACGCGUACCGUGCCUAUUGCGAGCGCAACGCGUUGCUGAUGGGGAGCUGGUGCAGUAAUGCGGCCGGGGUAUUCGUCUGCACGAUUUGGGCGAACCACGGGCUCAGCGAGGGGAUUCUCACCAUCGCGAUCGUCAAUAUGUUGUCGGUGGCCUUUUCCUUCGUGUGCCUGCUCUUGCGCCUGUGGCUGUACUGCAGUGAGAAGGGGAGGUCUAGUGCAACGGGAGGAAAGUGCGUAUGACUUUGGUGAUAACCUUUCAUUGUCGAGAAGCUGGGAUGAAGAUUCCUGAUCUCCUCCGCUGCGGAGUCCGCUGUCGUCGAGGAAAGAGAGGACAGGAAGCGCACUGCUCUUUGUCAUGAGUUUUCUAUCGUUUUGUUUCAGGUUUACCUUUUCGUUACUCUGUUUGAAUUCCAGUAAGAACCUAGGCCAAACGUUUUUUUUUCUUGUAGAUACAUAUAUAAGUACAUCAUAAAUAUGCGCUUCUCUCCUGACAACUCUGAUUCAGCAUACUCACUCCGGCUGCUGCUUUUAUUGCUAUAUGCGCCCCAAACACAAUGUCCAUGAACAAACCAAGUAGAAGUACAUAAAGAUCAUGAGCGUAUAGAUACGUCGAUCCCGAACAACUUGUCUUGCGGCUUUGUCCGAAAACUAGUACCAGCAGUACGACGGAACGCUUGAGUGAUUGCAGAACCUUUGCGCGGCUACGAACGAGAACAUCGAUUGUCCAAGAUUACCUCCGUACGGCCACUCAAAUUCGUAUCGCAUGUUCAACGGUAAUAUGAGCGCCCUCCGCGUCCGGAAAGCAAACAU